AUGGCAGGAGGAAGUGGUAACAACAAUGAUGGAGGAGAACUGAGUGAGGUUGUGAGGCCACCAACCUAUCAAGUAGAGCUUGAUCCAACAGUGCUGGAAAACUGGUUAAGGGAAUUUGAGAAACUGUUUGGGGCAGUUGGGUGCCCAGAGAAUUCGAAAGUAGGUUGUGCUACCUAUUACCGCAGGGGUGAAGCUGACAUUUGGUGGCAACAAAAUGAGGCUACAAUUAAGGCGCUACCUAGGUUUAACUGGACUAUGUUUCAAGAGAAGGUUAGGGACAAGUUUUAUCUUAGCUUCUUACACAAACAAAAGGCUGAGGAAUUUGCUAACUUGGCAAUGGGAGAAAUGUCAGUGACUGAGUAUUACACCAAGUUCAUUGAGCUGUCACGAUUUGCCAAAGAGUUUGUUGCUGUAGAAAAGUCAAAGGCUAGGAAGUUUGAGAGUGGAUUGACUACUGAUUUGCAACUAAAGCUGUGUGGACAAGUGUUCGAAACCUUGGAUGAAGUGUACAGGAGAGCUUCACACCUUUAUGCGUUGGAGUUGAAGAAAAAGAAAGAGUUAGCUGAGGUAGAAGGGAAGGAAAAGAGAAAAGAGGUGGGGCAAAACUCUGGAAACCUGCAAGGUAACCAGAACAAUUUUAAGAAAUAG